AUGGGUCAGUCUUUGUCUGCUCCUGUUCUUUCUAAGGAAACCAGGAGUUGGCAGAAUGAAAACUACAGUGUUGCAGUAUCCAGUAUGCAAGGAUGGCGUGUACAUAUGGAAGACUCCCAUAUGUGUUUACUGGAGCUUCCCAAUGAUCCAAAGGCUGCGUAUUUUUCAGUUUUUGAUGGGCAUGGUGGAACCAGAGUGGCUAAUCAUGCUAGCAUUCAUCUUCAUGAGAAGAUAGUAGAGCAAAGUGAAUAUGCACGAAACGAUAUAAAAGAGGCUAUUCGCAACGCCUUUUUGUGUUUGGAUGCAGAAAUGCAAUCUGAGAUGACCUCGUAUUCCGUGAAAUCGAUAGCCACAAAAUCAGAAACAGCUAGUGCAACAGCAUCCAAUUCAAAUAUAGCGAUCAAAAAUAAUACCGCAGAAACACAGAACGAAGCUUCAACAAGCUUUUCUCUGAAAAUUCCGAAUCCAGGUGAUGAAUUGGCUGGAUCUACUGGUAUAAUAGUAUUAUUGAAAGAUCAAACGCUAUAUUGUGGCAAUGCUGGAGAUAGUCGUGCUGUAUGCAGUAGACGUGGAGUAGCAGAGCCAUUGUCAACAGAUCAUAAACCCACUUUGCGAGCUGAGAAAGAACGCAUUUCUGCUGCUGGUGGUUGGGUCGAUGCAAAACGUGUAAAUGGUAAUCUGGCACUUUCUCGAGCUUUUGGAGAUUUCGUUUUUAAACGCAAUCCACGUCAGUCCGCUGAAAAUCAGAUUGUAACAGCCAAUCCGGAUGUUUAUGUCCGAAGAAUUUCUGCCGAAGACGAUGAAUUCAUAGUACUAUGUUGUGAUGGGAUUUGGGAUGUAAUGACUAAUCAGGAGGUUAUAAGCUUUAUCAGAUUACGACUCAGUUAUGGAAUGGCUCCUUCUAAGGUAUGUGAAGAAUUAAUGAUGAGGUGUUUAGCACCUGACUGUCAUACAAAUGGUUUGGGUUGUGACAAUAUGACGGUUGUUUUGGUCUGCCUUCUUCAUGGUCGUCCACUUUCUGAUUUACAACGUAGAUGCUCGAGACCAUGUCCAGCCGGUCCUGCAGCUGAUAUUCUAGGUGGCUAA